AUGUCUGAUGCUACUGACUCCAAAAUAAGUAGCAACGAGUACGCUUUUCCAAGAGGAGGUGCUACUGGAUUGACUCCGUUGGAGGUGAAGGAAAUUUCAAACGAGGCAACCAAAGAUGUAUUAUUUGAAGUAGCGAGUCAAAAUAAAAGAACCAAGAGUGACACUGAAUCAGAUAAACCUCGGAAGAAGCAACGCACGAAUAAGAAGAAAGGAUCAAAGUUGGGUCUGUCUAAUGCAGAGGAUGAUGCCGAGGACGAGAAGAAGACACAAGCUGAGUACUUGUCGUUUAAAAAUCUAGUUCCAGGGUCAUUUGCAUUUGGACAAAUUAAAGCAAUUAACAAGUUGGAUAUUGCAUUAGCGUUGGAAAAUAGCUUGGUGGGAUUUGUGCCCAUCACUGCGAUCAGCUCACACGUUACAGAUUUGAUUAAAAAAUAUGAAGAAGAUAGCGAAGAUGACGGUAGUGAAGAUGAUGAAGAUGAUGAAAAUGGCGCUCUUAUAAAGUCAAAAUCCGAAAAAGUGUUUCCCGACUUGAAAGCUAUUUUCAAUGUUGGUUCAUGGUUGAAAGCAAAGGUUGUUGAAACUGAGACGUCUAACAAGAAACGAAUAGAGGUGAGUAUUGAACCUGAAGUGGUUAACGCCAAUUUAGAAAAGGAAGACUUAGUUCCGGGAAAUAUUUUGCUGUGCUCGGUCAAGUCUAUUGAAGACCAUGGUUUGAUUUUGGAUAGCGGAAUUGAGGGGCUUUCGGCAUUUGUGUCGAACAAGGAGUUAAAGAAUGCUGAGAUAGACCCCAAUAGUCUUGGUGAAGGGUCAGUAUUUACUGCCUCAGUGGUAUCUAAACCCGCAGGAAGAAUUAUUACUGUUAAACCGGCCGCAUCGACCAUAAAGAAAUUAACUCCAGUUACCACUAUUUCAUCUGUCGAUGCUAUACAAGUAGGAGCUAUUGUGGAUGCCCUUGUCAGCGAUAUUAAUGAGUCGGGUAUCUCUACAAGGGUAUUUGGACUAGUUGAUGGUACAAUUAAUUUUUCCGAUGUUCAAGUGUUUAGCGUUCAAGAAUUGAAGCACAAGUUUGCUAUUGGAAGCACAGUCAAGGCUAGAAUAAUGGUGAUAUUGCAAAAAGGUGGUGUUCGCAAGUUGAUCCUUUCAUUGGUGCAGCAUGUAUUGCAGAUGGGAAAUGAAACUACCCAAACAGAUGCUCUUGAGGCAUUCCCUGUAGGUCACGUCUAUGAUGAUCUGGAGGUGCUUGGAUCCGAUCAUGAAUACAUUUAUGCGAAGCUUGGACUGUCCACUUUUGGCCAAAUCCACAAUUCAAAUAUUGAUGAAACGAAAACAUUGAUUGAUUACAGCGUGUCUAGUAAGCACAAAGCCAGAGUAAUUGGCUACAACAUGGUUGAGAACUUGUACAUUUUGACUUUCAAGCCUUCAACGAUCGAGGCUCCUUACCUAAGUGUAAAAGAUAUUCCCAUUGGAACACUUCUACCCAAUUGUGAGAUUGUUAAUGUUUUGCCUGAUUCCGGUGGCAUUCAAGUUAAGUUUUUGGAUGACUUCCAUGGGUUCAUUCCUCCGAGCCAAAUGUCGGAUGUGAAACUUGUUUACCCCGAGAGGAAAUUUAGAGUCGGCUCGAAAGUUAAGGGGAGACUUUUGGCUCACAGAGGAAAGACUCCAUUGGUCACAGUGAGAAAGUCAUUGGUUAAUUUGGAGGAUGAUGAUAUACUUUCAAACUUUGAGGAGGCAAAAAUUGGCAUGAAAACGAAUGCCACUGUUGAAAAGUUUGUUCACGGAGGUGCCAUUGUUUCAUUCUUUGGAUCACUUCGUGCAUUUUUACCAAAAACUGAAAUUUCCGAGACAUUUGUCAAUGAUGCAUCCAAAUAUUUAAAACUCGGUCAAGUGGUCAACGUAAAGAUUUUAGAUAUAAACAAGGAACAAAAGCGUUUGGUGGCUACUUUGAAACAAUCGAGCCAGUUGUCCACAUUGCAAAAAGCCGAGAUUACCAAUUUGAUACCUGGUACCUCUGUUGUUCAGGCAGUUGUGGUUGAAAAGAAGAAUGACUCAGUGUUGAUCGAGUUGGAAGGCUCAAACCUCAGAGGAGUUAUUAGUGAUGGACAACUUACCGACGGAAACUAUGAGCAGAACAGAGCCUUGUUCAAGAAACUUGAAAUUAGUUCGAAAAUUGAGGUUUUGAUUUUGGAAAAGGACUUGAAAGCAAGAACUGUUAUAGCCACUGCCAAAAGAUCUCUUAUUGGGGCAUCAAAGAAGAAACAAUUGCCAACCGAUUUUGAUGAUAUUCAACCAAAUAAAAUUGUUAAAGGUUAUGUCAAGUCGGUUACUAAUCUAGGAAUAUUUGUUACUUUCACUGGAAGAUUAACCGGAUUGAUUUUGGCGAAAUAUGUUUCCAAGACUGUUAAUGAAGAUUUGUCGAAAAGAUUUUACAAGUAUCAAUCAUUGACAUGUCGGGUUUUGAGUGUUGAUCUGGAAAAUAAAAGAUUUUUGCUCACUAUUGCCGAUAACAAUGAAAGUACUGGGGACAGUUUGGUCAAUCCCGUGGAUCCAACCAAAAAGUCGAUCGAAGAUUAUGCUCCAGGAGAUUUUACAAAGGCCAUUAUUAAAUCCGUUAAAGGUACUCAAUUGAAUAUUCGAUUAGCUGACAAUUUAAACGGCCGUAUUGAUGCAACCCAGUGCUUUAAAUCAAUCAAAGAUAUUAGCAACUUGUCGCAGCCAUUAUCUGGAUUUCACAAGGGUGAUGAGCUCGAUGUGAAAAUCAUAGGUGUUCAUGAUGCCAAGAACCAUACAUUUUUGCCAAUAACCCACAAUAAAGCUAAUAAGCAAACGGUUUUGGAGUUGUCGUUGCAUGAUGCCAAGACACACAACAAGAACUUGAGUGAUUUGAAGCUUGCUGAUGUCAAAGUGGGAGACGAAUUUGUUGCAUUCAUCAAUAAUGUUGAUCGUGGGUUUGUCUGGGUGUCAAUAUCUCCAUCAAUCAAGGGGCGUAUUUCCUUUAUGGAUUUAUCUGACGAUGGUACGAUUUUCCACGAUUUUGAUAACAAGUAUCCCACCGGUGCUGCUGUAAAGGUAAAAGUCAAGGAGGUUGAUAGUGAACAUCACACAUUGGCCUUAACUUCAAGGAAAAACUACAUUCGCAAAUUUGACGAUGUGGUUAAAGGAAACACUUAUCCAGCACGUAUUAUUAAAGUCAAAGACAUGUAUGUAUUGGUCGAUCUUGGUGACAAGGUAAUAGCGUCAUCUUUCAUUACCGAUGCAUUGAAUGAUUAUUCAGAUAAAUUGGAUCGUGCAUUGCACGUCAAUGAAUACGUCGCGGCAAAGGUGUUGGAUUUGGACGCAGACCAACAAAAGAUUUCAGUUAGCUUGAGGGAUGAAACUAGUUCUGAUAAAACAAUCAACACCUUUGAAGACUUAUCUCGAGGGGACAUUGUCAGAGGGUUCGUCAAAAACGUAGGUGCCAAUGGUGUAUAUGUUUCAUUAGGCAGAUCGGUAUUUGCAUUAGUCAGGGUUUCUGAUUUGAGUGAUUCGUAUUUAAAGGAUUGGAAGAAGUUCUUCAAGCCUAAUCAAUCGGUUACUGGGAAAAUCGUCAGUUGUAAAGAGGAAGGUAGAGUUUUGAUGACUUUAAAAGAAAGCGAAGUCAAUGGAGAGUUGAAAACAAUGAAGACGUUUGAUGAUCUAUCAGUUGGUGAUAUAUUUGAAGGUUACGUAACCAAGACUACAGAUUUUGGUGUAUUUGUUAAAUUGGAUGGUACUGUAAAUAUAAGUGGGUUAUGCCACCACUCGGAGAUAUCCGAAAAUGAUGUCAAGAAUGUGAUGGCAUUAUUUGGUGAAGGGGACCGUGUCAAGGUCAAGAUAUUGAAGAUUGACUCAGCAAAGAAGCAGUUAUCAUUGGGAAUGAAAGCAUCGUACUUUGAAGAUGCCGCUGAAGAGAGUGUCAGCGAUGUUGAGAUGGAAAAUAUCGAGGGAGAAGAAGAAGAUGAAAAUGAGGAGACCAGUGAAGAGAGCGAGAACGAGGAUGUGAUUAUCGAUGCCGAAGAAGAGAGCGAUGAUGAGGACGAUGAAGAAGUAGAAGAAGAAGAGGAAGGAACGUCAUUAUUGGAACCUAGUGCUUUAUCAACAAAUGGUUUCGACUGGACUGCAUCAAUUCUUGAUCAAACUGAAGACCACGACUCUUCCUCCGAUGACGAAGAUUUCAUGAACAACUCCAAACGCUCUAAAGCAAAGAAAUCGCGUAAACAAACCCGAGUUGAAGACAAGACCAUUGAUUUAAAUACUCGUGCACCACAGUCGGUGGCUGAUUUUGAACGAUUACUAAUUGGUAACCCCAACAGUUCCAUCUUGUGGAUGAAUUAUAUGUCAUUCAAUUUGCAAUUGAGUGAGGUUGAUAAAGCCAGACAAAUUGGUGAACGUGCUUUGGAAACAAUCAAUUAUCGUGAAGAGCAAGAAAAGUUGAAUAUAUGGAUUGCUUUACUAAACUUGGAAAAUACCUUUGGCACUGAUGAGAGUUUAGAUGCUGUAUUCAAAAAGGCUUGUCAAUAUAUGGAUGCAUUUACAAUUUAUCAAAAAUUGGCCAGUAUUUUAAUUUUGAGUGAAAAGUUUGAACAUGCACGUGACUUGUUUAAAGUUAUGGGUAAAAAGUUUGGUCAAAGUGUCUUGACUUGGGUAUUGUAUGGAUCAUUUUUGUUGGAUCAAAAUUUGAAUAAUGAGGCUCAUCAAGUGUUGGCGAAGGCUUUGCAAGUGUUGCCUAAACGUGACCAUAUUGAGGUUGUACGAAAGUUCGCUCAAUUGGAAUUUGCCAAGGGUGAGGUUGAACAAGCAAGAUCCUUAUUUGAAGGGUUGAUUGCUGAUGCACCAAAGCGUAUUGAUUUAUGGAAUGUAUAUAUUGAUCAAGAAAUCAAAUACGGUGGUGGUGAGAACGACAAAGGUGUUGGUGCUGGUUCUAAUAAGCAGCAAAUUGAAAACUUGUUUACCAGAGUGAUUGAAAACAAAAGAGUAUCGCGUAAACAGGCUAAAUUCUUUUUCAACAAGUGGUUGGCAUACGAAGAGGGUCAAGGUGACGAUAAGAUGGUUGGUAAGGUUAAAGCAAAAGCUAUUGAAUAUGUGCGUGAUAAUGAGUAA